AUGUGCGAUGAUCAAAAUAAAGCAAUUAAAAUUAUUUAUGUCAUAAUAGGCGAAAAAUUUUCUCUGGAUGUUAAAACCAUGAUCGCCAAGCGCGACAAAGCAGAUAGGACUGUACUCCAUGAUGCGGCUUUGAAUGGACAUAAGGAGCUCUGCCUAGGUCUUCUUAACAUUAAUUCUGAUCUAAUAUAUGCCAAAGAUAGAGACGGCCGAAACCCAUUAUAUGAUGCAGUUGAAGGAAAAUGCAAGGGCAAAGUUCUAUGUAAGCAAUUAUUAUCAGCAUAUUUGAAAAAAGAUAGGCCAAAUGAUGAUCUGAUGGACCGCAGCGGUCUAAAUCCAUUGCAUGUUGCUGCUUCACAAGGAAAUGUCCAGAUUCUUGAAGAGCUCCUUUCCAGGCAUAAAAUCAGACAAAAAUACUUGAGCAGAGGAGAUUUCCUCGCACAGACAGCACUCCAUAAGGCAGUAAGCAAUGGAUACAUAGAUACAGUAGAAAUUCUAUUAAAGCACGGUGCACACCCUCUCAGAGAACGUGAUCGUGAUGGUAGAACGGCUCUUCAUUACGCAGUCCGAGUAAAAACUGAAGACAAAAUGGAAUUGGUCCGUAAGAUUCUCCAGACUGCAGAAAACAUCCUCGCGAGUGGAAGCGCCUUCUCAAUUACCACAGAUUGGUCUGUUACAUUUUCUCUGCAAGCAAAGAAGCGAAGAAUUUGGUUGGAUGGCAAGUACAAUUGA